CACCAGUGCGAGUGUGUCGCGUGGGUGCAUAUGAAUCGUCCGCAAAACCUAGGUAGAGGUGGACAUCCAGAUCCGAGCUAGAAAUGAGUGGGGUGGAACUGGCGCUGGCGGAGGAGCGAUCGCUCCUUUGCCCCAUUCCGCUCAGCACCGCAGAGGAUGGCCGAUCGAUCGUUCCGGCGGCGGAGGUGAGGCGAUGUUUCACGCGGAGAAAGGGCCCCAGGCCGGAGGUCCAGGCCUACACAGUCCAAUGCUCGCGCUGCGGCCAAUGGCGGCUGGUGCCCAGCGAGGAGGUCUACGAAUCCAUCCGGGCGCGGGUGCUGGAGAAUCCGUGGGUGUGCGAGGACGCCAGAAUCUGGAGGCCCGAUGCGUGUUGCGACAUCAAGGGCGACAUCCAGCAGGAGGGCGAUGAUCGAUUGUGGGCGCUGGACAAGCCCAAUCUGCCCAAGACGCCCGCCGGCUGGAAGCGCGACUUCGUCAUUCGCAGCGAAGGGUGCUCCAGGUUUGGCGACAUAUACUACAUUUCUCCUUGCGGGAAGAAGCUGCGCUCCAUGGUCGAGGUUGCAAAGUUCCUUGAAGAUCACCCCGAGUACUAUGACUUGAGCGUAGACCAGUUUUGUUACACGAUACCACAACCUGCUGAUAAGAGCUACGUCGCAGGCAAGAAACGAGCACGCGAUUCUCCUGCCAAGCUAGUGCUCCAGAGAUGCGUCAGGCAGUCGAGAAACCGUGACAGAAGCGCCAGGGGAUUGAACAAGAAAAAUGGUUCACGAGUGCCGCAGAAAGCUCUCAAACCAUCGCUCAAACUUCCACCUCCGGUGCCGCGGGGAUGGAUCCGGGAGAUCAUUCUUCGUGGCAGCGGAAGCUCCAGGCUAUGCGACGUAUACUAUCUCUCUCCAUGCCAAGCCAGGAUUCGCUCUCUGCCAGACAUGAACGAGUUCUUGCACCAGAAUCCUUCCUAUCUUCAUCACGGAGUUCGUCUCGAGCAGUUCGAUUUCGGCGCUCCAGCGUCCGAGAGAGAAAUCUUCGAAGUUGGAUCGCUCCCUGGCUGUGCAGUGACGAGGGCGAUGAAAGGCUCCAACUUAAGGAGCUAGAUUUUGCACAAGAAAACUCGUCCUCCGUUAUAGCGAACUUACGCAAACGCUAGUUGAUUUGUGGUGAGAUCCCCGAGAUUGAUCUAAAUGUAUAGUAGCCGUUAGAUCAUAUAAGAACCCUAAAACCCCGAA